GAUGCAGCUUCGCAAAUAUUGUCAGUUUCAUUUGUCGCUUUAUAACUUGUCAGUUUCUUUCUAUUGAAAUAUUUUUAUAAGUAUUGACAAAAAUGAAAUUUAUUUGGACGGUUUUUAUGAUUGCUGCAUUAAUUGCGCUUUGUCAAGCCCAAGGCUUUAAUGGAUAUGGAAAUCGAGGAAGAGGUGGAUUUGAAGGAAAUGGAUACGGUAAUCAAGGACGUGGAGGAUAUGGUAAUGACCGCGGACGUGGAGGAUAUGACAGUGGAUAUGGUAAUCAAGGUGGACAAGGAAGUUUUGGUCCCGGUGGGUUUGACUUAAGCUUCGGCUAAAAACUUGGAUGUUGCUGGAAGCAAAGAUCACCAACUUGACGUCAUUUAUGGAAUUAUUUCAAAAAUAAAAUAUCUAUAAAUAUUAUAAUCUAAUGCUUUGAAUAUU